UUCAAUGUUGUCUUCAAAUCAAUUAGUGUUAGUACCAUAUCUUCUUCAUUUGUUUAUUAUAACUCUUCCCUAUACAGUAACGAUAUAUCCUCAAUAGUUGUUACCAAUCCAAGUUCUACAGAUCUAGAAUCAAUAGGCAGUCCAUCAUCAAGCUGUUCUUCUUUCAGUUCAACGGAUUCGAAGUCAUUCUCUGUAAAUGCUGAUUUAACAGAAACCAGCAAAGAAUCAACUUCAAAGAUAUCAAUCAGUUCUGAAACCACAUCAAAAUUACAAACUACAAGAACAAGUAACAGUAAGACUGAAUCCAACUCCACUAAUUCAAAGAGUAAUGUUACCACCGGUACUACUACCUACCCAGUCUCUCACACCAGUGAAGAAGAAUUGACUACUUCUACUUACACUUCCACCGACUCUGAAGGUAAUGUUACCACCGGUACUACUACCUACCCAGUCUCUCACACUUCUGAAGAAGAAUUGACUACUUCUACUUACACUUCCACUGACUCUGAAGGUAAUGUUACCACCGGUACCACCACCUACCCAGUCUCCCACACCAGUGAAGAAGAAGUCACCACUUCUACUUACACUUCCACCGACUCUGAAGGUAAUGUUACCACCGGUACCACCACCUACCCAGUCUCUCACACCAGUGAAGAAGAAGUCACCACUUCUACUUACACUUCCACCGACUCUGAAGGUAAUGUUACCACCGGUACCACCACCUACCCAGUCUCUCACACUUCUGAAGAAGAAGUCACCACUUCUACUUACACUUCCACCGACUCUGAAGGUAAUGUUACCACCGGUACCACCACCUACCCAGUCUCUCACACUUCUGAAGAAGAAGUCACCACUUCUAUUUACACUUCCACCGACUCUGAAGGUAAUGUUACCACCGGUACCACCACCUACCCAGUCUCUCACACUUCUGAAGAAGAAGUCACCACUUCUACUUACACUUCCACCGACUCUGAAGGUAAUGUUACCACCGGUACCACUACCUACCCAGUUUCUCACACCAGUGAAGAAGAAUUGACUACUUCUACUUACACUUCCACCGACUCUGAAGGUAAUGUUACCACCGGUACCACCACCUACCCAGUCUCCCACACCAGUGAAGAAGAAGUCACCACUUCUACUUACUCUUCCACCGACUCUGAAGGUAAUGUUACCACCGGUACUACUACCUACCCAGUCUCCCACACCAGUGAAGAAGAAGUCACCACUUCUACUUACACUUCCACCGACUCUGAAGGUAAUGUUACCACCGGUACUACUACCUACCCAGUCUCCCACACCAGUGAAGAAGAAGUAACCACUUCUACCUACACUUCCACCGACUCUGAAGGUAAUGUUACCACCGGUACCACUACCUACCCAGUUUCUCACACCAGUGAAGAAGAAGUCACCACUUCUACUUACACUUCCACCGACUCUGAAGGUAAUGUUACCACCGGUACUACUACCUACCCAGUCUCCCACACCAGUGAAGAAGAAUUUACUACUUCUACUUACACUUCCACCGACUCUGAAGGUAAUGUUACCACCGGUACUACUACCUACCCAGUCUCCCACACCAGUGAAGAAGAAUUGACUACUUCUACUUACACUUCCACCGACUCUGAAGGUAAUGUUACCACCGGUACUACUACCUACCCAGUUUCUCACACCAGUGAAGAAGAAGUAACCACUUCUACUUACACUUCCACCGACUCUGAAGGUAAUGUUACCACCGGUACCACCACCUACCCAGUCUCUCACACCAGUGAAGAAGAAUUUACUACUUCUACUUACACUUCCACCGACUCUGAAGGUAAUGUUACCACCGGUACUACUACCUACCCAGUCUCCCACACCAGUGAAGAAGAAUUGACUACUUCUACUUACACUUCCACCGACUCUGAAGGUAAUGUUACCACCGGUACUACUACCUACCCAGUUUCUCACACCAGUGAAGAAGAAGUAACCACUUCUACUUACACUUCCACCGACUCUGAAGGUAAUGUUACCACCGGUACCACCACCUACCCAGUCUCUCACACCAGUGAAGAAGAAUUGACUACUUCUACUUACACUUCCACCGACUCUGAAGGUAAUGUUACCACCGGUACCACCACCUACCCAGUCUCUCACACUUCUGAAGAAGAAGUCACCACUUCUACUUACACUUCCACCGACUCUGAAGGUAAUGUUACCACCGGUACCACCACCUACCCAGUCUCUCACACCAGUGAAGAAGAAGUCACCACUUCUACUUACACUUCCACCGACUCUGAAGGUAAUGUUACCACCGGUACCACCACCUACCCAGUCUCACACACCAGUGAAGAAGAAGUCACCACUUCUACUUACACUUCCACCGACUCUGAAGGUAAUGUUACCACCGGUACUACUACCUACCCAGUCUCUCACACCAGUGAAGAAGAAUUGACUACUUCUACCUACACUUCCACCGACUCUGAAGGUAAUGUUACCACCGGUACCACUACCUACCCAGUUUCUCACACCAGUGAAGAAGAAUUGACUACUUCUACCUACACUUCCACCGACUCUGAAGGUAAUGUUACCACCGGUACCACCACCUACCCAGUCUCCCACACCAGUGAAGAAGAAGUAACCACUUCUACUUACACUUCCACCGACUCUGAAGGUAAUGUUACCACCGGUACUACUACCUACCCAGUUUCUCACACCAGUGAAGAAGAAGUAACCACUUCUACUUACACUUCCACCGACUCUGAAGGUAAUGUUACCACCGGUACCACCACCUACCCAGUCUCUCACACCAGUGAAGAAGAAUUGACUACUUCUACUUACACUUCCACCGACUCUGAAGGUAAUGUUACCACCGGUACCACCACCUACCCAGUCUCUCACACUUCUGAAGAAGAAGUCACCACUUCUACUUACACUUCCACCGACUCUGAAGGUAAUGUUACCACCGGUACCACCACCUACCCAGUCUCCCACACCAGUGAAGAAGAAUUGACUACUUCUACUUACACUUCCACCGACUCUGAAGGUAAUGUUACCACCGGUACCACCACCUACCCAGUCUCUCACACCAGUGAAGAAGAAUUGACUACUUCUACUUACACUUCCACCGACUCUGAAGGUAAUGUUACCACCGGUACCACCACCUACCCAGUCUCUCACACUUCUGAAGAAGAAGUCACCACUUCUACUUACACUUCCACCGACUCUGAAGGUAAUGUUACCACCGGUACCACCACCUACCCAGUCUCUCACACCAGUGAAGAAGAAUUGACUACUUCUACCUACACUUCCACCGACUCUGAAGGUAAUGUUACCACCGGUACCACUACCUACCCAGUUUCUCACACCAGUGAAGAAGAAUUGACUACUUCUACCUACACUUCCACCGACUCUGAAGGUAAUGUUACCACCGGUACCACCACCUACCCAGUCUCUCACACUUCUGAAGAAGAAGUCACCACUUCUACCUACACUUCCACCGACUCUGAAGGUAAUGUUACCACCGGUACUACUACCUACCCAGUCUCCCACACCAGUGAAGAAGAAUUGGCUACUUCUACCUACACUUCCACUGACUCUGAAGGUAAUGUUACCACCGGUACUACUACCUACCCAGUCUCUCACACCAGUGAAGAAGAAGUCACCACUUCUACUUACACUUCCACCGACUCUGAAGGUAAUGUUACCACCGGUACUACUACCUACCCAGUCUCUCACACCAGUGAAGAAGAAUUGGCUACUUCUACCUACACUUCCACUGACUCUGAAGGUAAUGUUACCACCGGUACCACCACCUACCCAGUCUCUCACACUUCUGAAGAAGAAGUCACCACUUCUACUUACACUUCCACCGACUCUGAAGGUAAUGUUACCACCGGUACCACUACCUACCCAGUCUCUCACACUUCUGAAGAAGAAGUCACCACUUCUACCUACACUUCCACUGACUCUGAAGGUAAUGUUACCACCGGUACCACCACCUACCCAGUCUCUCACACUUCUGAAGAAGAAGUCACCACUUCUACUUACACUUCCACCGACUCUGAAGGUAAUGUUACCACCGGUACCACCACCUACCCAGUCUCUCACACCAGUGAAGAAGAAUUGACUACUUCUACCUACACUUCCACCGACUCUGAAGGUAAUGUUACCACCGGUACCACUACCUACCCAGUUUCUCACACCAGUGAAGAAGAAUUGACUACUUCUACCUACACUUCCACCGACUCUGAAGGUAAUGUUACCACCGGUACUACUACCUACCCAGUCUCCCACACCAGUGAAGAAGAAGUAACCACUUCUACCUACACUUCCACCGACUCUGAAGGUAAUGUUACCACCGGUACCACUACCUACCCAGUUUCUCACACCAGUGAAGAAGAAGUCACCACUUCUACUUACACUUCCACCGACUCUGAAGGUAAUGUUACCACCGGUACUACUACCUACCCAGUCUCUCACACCAGUGAAGAAGAAUUGACUACUUCUACUUACACUUCCACUGACUCUGAAGGUAAUGUUACCACCGGUACCACUACCUACCCAGUCUCUCACACCAGUGAAGAAGAAUUGACUACUUCUACUUACACUUCCACCGACUCUGAAGGUAAUGUUACCACUGGAACCACUACCUACCCAGUCUCUCACACCAGUGAAGAAGAAGUCACCACUUCUACUUACACUUCCACCGACUCUGAAGGUAAUGUUACCACCGGUACCACUACCUACCCAGUCUCUCACACUUCUGAAGAAGAAGUCACCACUUCUACUUACACUUCCACCGACUCUGAAGGUAAUGUUACCACCGGUACCACUACCUACCCAGUCUCUCACACCAGUGAAGAAGAAGUCACCACUUCUACUUACACUUCCACCGACUCUGAAGGUAAUGUUACCACCGGUACCACUACCUACCCAGUCUCUCACACCAGUGAAGAAGAAUUGACUACUUCUACUUACACUUCCACCGACUCUGAAGGUAAUGUUACCACCGGUACCACUACCUACCCAGUCUCUCACACCAGUGAAGAAGAAUUGACUACUUCUACUUACACUUCCACCGACUCUGAAGGCAAUGUUACCACCGGUACCACUACCUACCCAGUCUCUCACACUUCUGAAGAAGAAGUCACCACUUCUACUUACACUUCCACCGACUCUGAAGGUAAUGUUACCACCGGUACCACUACCUACCCAGUCUCUCACACCAGUGAAGAAGAAUUGACUACUUCUACUUACACUUCCACCGACUCUGAAGGUAAUGUUACCACCGGUACCACCACCUACCCAGUCUCUCACACCAGUGAAGAAGAAUUGACUACUUCUACUUACACUUCCACCGACUCUGAAGGUAAUGUUACCACCGGUACCACCACCUACCCAGUCUCCCACACCAGUGAAGAAGAAUUGACUACUUCUACCUACACUUCCACCGACUCUGAAGGUAAUGUUACCACCGGUACUACUACCUACCCAGUUUCUCACACCAGUGAAGAAGAAUUUACUACUUCUACUUACACUUCCACCGACUCUGAAGGUAAUGUUACCACCGGUACCACCACCUACCCAGUCUCUCACACUUCUGAAGAAGAAGUCACCACUUCUACUUACACUUCCACCGACUCUGAAGGUAAUGUUACCACCGGUACCACCACCUACCCAGUCUCCCACACCAGUGAAGAAGAAGUCACCACUUCUACUUACACUUCCACCGACUCUGAAGGUAAUGUUACCACCGGUACUACUACCUACCCAGUCUCUCACACCAGUGAAGAAGAAUUGACUACUUCUACCUACACUUCCACUGACUCUGAAGGUAAUGUUACCACCGGUACCACCACCUACCCAGUCUCUCACACCAGUGAAGAAGAAGUCACCACUUCUACUUACACUUCCACCGACUCUGAAGGUAAUGUUACCACCGGUACUACUACCUACCCAGUCUCGCACACCAGUGAAGAAGAAGUCACCACUUCUACCUACACUUCCACCGACUCUGAAGGUAAUGUUACCACCGGUACCACCACCUACCCAGUCUCUCACACUUCUGAAGAAGAAGUCACCACUUCUACUUACACUUCCACCGACUCUGAAGGUAAUGUAACCACCGGUACCACCACCUACCCAGUCUCCCACACCAGUGAAGAAGAAGUCACCACUUCUACCUACACUUCCACCGACUCUGAAGGUAAUGUUACCACCGGUACCACCACCUACCCAGUCUCUCACACUUCUGAAGAAGAAGUCACCACUUCUACUUACACUUCCACCGACUCUGAAGGUAAUGUAACCACCGGUACCACCACCUACCCAGUCUCUCACACCAGUGAAGAAGAAGUCACCACUUCUACUUACACUUCCACCGACUCUGAAGGUAAUGUUACCACCGGUACCACCACCUACCCAGUCUCUCACACCAGUGAAGAAGAAUUGACUACUUCUACUUACACUUCCACCGACUCUGAAGGUAAUGUUACCACCGGUACCACCACCUACCCAGUCUCUCACACUUCUGAAGAAGAAGUCACCACUUCUACUUACACUUCCACCGACUCUGAAGGUAAUGUUACCACCGGUACCACCACCUACCCAGUCUCGCACACCAGUGAAGAAGAAGUCACCACUUCUACUUACACUUCCACCGACUCUGAAGGUAAUGUUACCACCGGUACCACUACCUACCCAGUUUCUCACACCAGUGAAGAAGAAUUGACUACUUCUACCUACACUUCCACCGACUCUGAAGGUAAUGUUACCACCGGUACCACUACCUACCCAGUCUCUCACACCAGUGAAGAAGAAUUGACUACUUCUACUUACACUUCCACCGACUCUGAAGGUAAUGUUACCACCGGUACCACUACCUACCCAGUCUCUCACACCAGUGAAGAAGAAUUGACUACUUCUACUUACACUUCCACCGACUCUGAAGGUAAUGUUACCACCGGUACCACUACCUACCCAGUCUCUCACACCAGUGAAGAAGAAGUCACCACUUCUACUUACACUUCCACCGACUCUGAAGGUAAUGUUACCACCGGUACCACUACCUACCCAGUCUCUCACACUUCUGAAGAAGAAGUCACCACUUCUACUUACACUUCCACUGACUCUGAAGAUCUUGUUUGCGAACAGGAAUAUCGUAUGGACUCUUUUUUAAUAUUUCUAAUAUCUGUUUUGACAAAGCUUGGAAGGUUUUACUUCUGUCUGGUACUGUUGGUGAAAAUACGAUGGGAGAAGUGA